AAAAAGAAUUAGAAAGGAAGGAAUUCAGCAUUAGUCUUGAAAGAUACACUUGGGUGUUCAGCACUUUCUCCUUCUCUCUGAUUUCUUUGGACCUCUCUCACUCACCAGUAAAGACAAAGAAUUCUCUCAACUAGUUGAAUGGAGACAGUAUCAGCCCAAGGAAGAUUAUUAGCAAUUUGUCACUUUUACAUUUACAACAAACAGAAAGAGCUGCCCACCCAGUGGUAAUUAUUUGAUCACUAGGACUAAAUAAUGAAAAAAAUAUUCAUUAAAAGGGUGUGGAUUUCAUAGCAAUACAUUAGCAUAAAACAAGGCAUUAACAGUGCUAAUGAGAAAAGUGUUACUUAGCUGCUUUAAAUAUGGUAUUUUGGACAUUUGAAAUGACAAAAACAUGGUGAGCAGUCACAUGGAUGUAUACCUACUACUUGAACCAUAAAAUCAAACUUGUCAUGAUAGAGAAGACAGAAAUGCUGAUAUGUAAUCCUUCACAGAUCCCCUUAUUAAAACUUAAACUGAUUUUUAGAAAAAUUAGGCUUUCUUCUAAGUUGUCUUUGUUUUAAUCAGGGAAUAGAAAUUCCUUUUUUCCUUAAUUUACAUUUAAUUCUUGUCCUUCAUUGCCAAUCUCUUAUGAAAUACUAUGUUUCAUGUUGUUGCAUCUGUUUACAUAUAUAUCAAAGAAUACAUGUUUAUGAUCUUGAUGUUUUCAGAACAAAACACCUUGGGACUUUCAGUGCAGAAUGGAGGCACUGUGAUUUUUUUUUUUUUAAUACUAAACUGGCCAUGAUACACUGCAGUGCUUCUCAGAGAGGCUCAUUCCAUUUAUUUUUAAAAUGUAGCCAAGUCAAUAAUGAACUACCAGCCUGGCAUUGGGUAUGGCCAAUCUUUAAGUGUUAUUCACAGCUAUAAAACAAGUAGAUUUUAUUUCCAGCCUUUACCUUCCCCUUGCUUAGCUUUUGGAACGUAUCCCAAGUUGCUAAGUUCAUGGUCUUUCUCUCUCCAUUCUCCUUCCAUUCUCUCCCAGUGAAAAAGUGAUAACUGCUAGUUGUCUGGCUUGAACACAUGUUUAAUGGCACUGAUGUCCCUAAUGGUGGCCUAUCAAAACAAAAGCACGUGCACAAAGUAGCUGGCAUUGACCUCUCCAUCAGAGGGCAUCCAGAGCUGGACCUGAGCUUGGAUUCUGAUUUGAUUUGAAUUUAAUUCAAUUAAAUUACAGGAUCCAAUACUGAAGUGUAAUGCUAAACCUGUCUACCAUUACUGCCCAUGCUUUUGGCAUACCAGGGCCACUAGACCUUAGAUCCCUUUCACCUUCCACAAAAGAUGCCCUGGAAUAGCAAAACUCUGAUCAAACCCUAAAUAAGAAUGGAAAGGGAACAAAAUAAUCCAUUGAGAUCUUUCCUCUUCUACUGUGAUGCGAUUGAAACCCUAAUGCUUGGCUACUCUUGCAUAGCUAUCGGAAGAGGCUCACAAUUGCCAUGAGAGAGUGUAUAUUCUGCCGUAGGCUCUGUUCAUUUACGUAAUAGGAUAGUCAUGCGAGGUGAGCUGCCACUGGUCAGAAUCAAGCCAGCAAAAAUUCCCACAGGGAAGAGCGUUAGGGCUGACCACCGUUAGCCACAGUAACAAGAAUUGGGGUCCUAAGUUAAGUCCUGUUAAACUUUUGAGAGUUUUUUCAUCAUUAAGACUAUAAAUCACAGGCCAGGCUGUUUCAGUUUCAGCCAGCCAAAUGUAAGAACAACUUGGCCAUAUGCUUCUUUUUCAAAGAACUUUAUUCAUUUAGCCCCAGGCUCAGAAUUCAACAAUGUUUUCUAUGGACUUUUUCUCUUCACAUCAAAUAAUAUUAAAGCGGAAAAAUAUGGGGGAAAAUUCUAAUUACUCCCAUAUGUAUACUUGGAAAUGGCCAAAUGGAAUUAUUCACAGUUUCCUUAAACACGUACUCUGAUUCCUGAUCUCCACACGUGUGGGCAUAGACCCUAGUGCAAAGACCUCCUCAGGCUCUGUUUGUCAGAAUCACACUCAUUUUUUUAAAGCCCACCCAAAUGUCUUCUCUGUGCGCCCCGCUACGAUCACCCCAGUCGAAAAUAAUAUCACUCCCCCAACAUUGUCUUUGUGUCUUUUUUGAGACACCUCUUACAUAAGGUUUGUGAAAGCCUUAAGCUUUUGCGCAACUUCUCUUCUGGUCCUUAGCAGCUUGGCAGCAUAAAUCUGAAUCUUUCCAGUGAUGCGUGGCAGUGUCUUAAAUGUGAUCGGUUCUUCAUGACUAUUUUGCUUCUUGGCGAUUAACUAUUGGGGGUGUCGAAAAAUUAAAGGGAAAUAGAUACUUCACAAAUAUGUGUAUGCCCUUUGCCUCUCCCAGUCAUCUGUAAGAGCUCUCAGCCUCCCACUGCAGAAGGUCAGGAGUCUGUAGUGUAUUUACUCUGGGUGUUAAAGCACUUGAAAGUUUAUUUUUCACUGGAAGAGCUUUAUUUGAUUCAUUCUUUGUAAGGAAGGGUGCUAGCAUACUCAGCUGUUGAUGCUUAUUUGGAGUAGUUUUUCAUUGGAGACGUUUAUCACACCCAUUUGUUACCUGUCUGCAGCUGCCUUUGGAGAAAGCAAACGUGCUUUCUGUAACUUUUACAGCCUCCAAGGAAAUCUAUGCCCAGGGCUCAGUUUUCUUCUACUGCCUUUUCUUCUACCUUUCUCUUUUUAACUCGUUUAGUGAGCGCUGCUUCCUGGCGCUUAGUCAGCUCUGAGGCACCGCAAACGCUGGCAUUUGCCUUCAGCACCGUGGGGGGAUCAGAGCUGCUGGAACUGCCCGUCUAGGGGGCUGGGGGCUGACUGCUUACGGUCCCGUUCUCCUUUCUUCUUCUGAUUGGCUGCUCGAGGUCACGUGAAGGCCGGGGGUUGGAAUUCUGAGUUGUGGCUUUUGGCACUCCUUCUUCUUUUUAAAAAUCGCCUGGUGUGUGGAGCUCCGCCGGGCUUGGUGCCUCGCUCCCUUACUGAGACUGGAGACAGCCGGGAACAGCCACAGGGCAGACUGAGGUGGCAAAAGGGAAAUCUGCCGAGAUGUUCAGUCAGGGACCCAGGACCCCAGCUUCAGGCUGCUACUAUCUAAAUUCCAUGACACCUGAGGGCCAGGAGAUGUACUUGCGAUUUGAUCAGACUGCGAGGCGCUCUCCUUACAGGAUGAGCCGGAUUCUAGCACGCCAUCAGCUAGUGACUAAAAUUCAACAAGAAAUCGAGGCGAAGGAAGCAUGCGACUGGCUCCGUGCUGCUGGGUUCCCACAAUACGCUCAGUUGUAUGAGGAUUCCCAAUUUCCCAUCAACAUUGUGGCUGUCAAGAAUGAUCAUGAGUUUCUUGAAAAGGACCUUGUAGAACCUCUUUACAGACGACUGCAUACAUUGAACAAGUGUGCCUCAAUGAAACUUGAUGUGAACUUCCAAAGGAAAAAGGGUGACGACUCAGAUGAGGAAGAUCUCUGCAUCAGCAACAAAUGGACUUUCCAAAGAACCAGCCGCCGGUGGUCUCGCGUGGACGACCUGCACACGCUGUUCCCCGGAGGAGACCGGAAUGGGUCAUCGGGAGACAUUAGGAUGAGGAACACCACCAGCAGUGAAAGUGUCCUCACAGACCUGAGCGAGCCCGAGGUCUGCUCCAUUCACAGUGAGAGCAGCGGAGGGAGUGACGGUCGCGGCCAGCCGGGCAGCCACAGCGCGGGCCGCGAGCCGUUCGACUGCCCCGGCCAGUCCUGCCCCGACAGCCCAGUCAUGCUGGACGCCACGUUCGUCAGCGGCAGCCUCCCACAGUCCCCCAAAGACGUUCUCAGCUACCCCCUCCACCCAAAGAAUGAGAAAGCCACCAGGACCAGAGCCAAAUCAUUUUUGAAACGUAUGGAGACACUCCGAGGGAAGGGAGCGCACGGAAGGCACAAGGGGCCGGGGCGGACCGGGGGCUUGGUGAUCAGCGGGCCCGUGCUGCAACAGGAGCCAGAGGCCUUCAAGGCCAUGCAGUGCGUCCCCAUCCCGAACGGGGAUCUCCAGAGCUCGCCCCCCGCUGCCUGCACCAGAGGGCUCCUGAGCUCCGGCAAAUGGAGCGGGGAAAGCAGCCAGUCGUUAAACAGCGGUAGCGGGGUGAGCACGCCCGGCCCCAAGGAACGGAAAAGCCAGGAGGCCAACAAGCGCGGGGGCAUGUACUUGGAAGACCUGGACGUGCUGGCCGGGACGGCACUGCGGGACACAGGCGACCAGAACCACGCACACGAGUUCCAUUCCCAGGAGAACUUGGUCGUGCAUAUUCCCAAGGAUCACAAACCAGGAACGUUCCCCAAGGCACUCUCUAUUGAGAGCCUCUCGCCCACAGACGGUAGCAAUGGGGUUAACUGGAGGACCGGUAGCAUCUCCCUGGGCAGACAGCAGGGCCCUGGUGCCGGGGAGCCCAGACUCAUGGCGUCCUGCCACAGAGCAAGUAGAGUCAGUAUCUACGACAACGUCCCGGGCUCCCAUUUGUACGCCAGCACGGGAGACCUUUUGGACUUGGAGAAAGAUGACCUCUUCCCUCAUUUAGAUGACAUCUUGCACCACGUCAAUGGGCUCCAGGAGGUAGUGGAUGACUGGUCAAAGAACGUCUUGCCUGAGCUGCAAACACACGACGCACUGGUUGGAGAAUCUGGAUUAUGCCCCUUUCCAUCGCCUAAUCAGAUCACCUUAGAUUUCGAAGGCAACUCAGUCUCCGAAGGUCGGACAACACCCAGCGAUGUGGACAGAGCAUCUCUUAAUGAGUCGGAGGCCACUGGGGUCAGGGAAAGGAGGGAUUCUGGUGUAGGGGCCUCUCUGACCAGGCCAAACAGGCGACUCCGAUGGAAUAGUUUCCAGCUCUCGCACCAGCCUCAGCCGUCCACGGCACCCCACAUCAGCAACCAGACAGCCGGCCAGCUGAACCUGCUCCAGCGUUUCUCACUGCUUCGCCUCACGGCCAUCAUGGAGAAGUACUCCCUGUCCAAUAAACACGGCUGGACGUGCCUCUCCCCACAGGCUGCCCCAAGAGGCUCGCGUGACCUGGUUUCUGUGAAUUCUAGGUCAGUUCCAAAGUUCAUGAAGAGGAUGAAAGUUCCUGAUUACAAAGACAAGACUGUCUUUGGUGUUCCCCUCAUAGUUCACGUGCAGAGAACGGGACAGCCCCUGCCUCAGAGUAUUCAGCAAGCACUCAGAUACCUGCGUAGCAACUGCCUCGAUCAGGUGGGUCUUUUUCGAAAAUCGGGCGUGAAAUCUCGAAUCCAUGCAUUACGUCAGAUGAACGAGAGCUUCCCUGAGAAUGUCAGCUAUGAGGACCAAUCUGCUUAUGAUGUGGCGGAUAUGGUAAAACAGUUCUUCCGGGACCUCCCGGAGCCUCUUUUCACCAACAAGCUCAGCGAGACCUUCCUCCACAUCUAUCAGUAUGUCCCCAAGGAGCAGCGGCUGCAAGCAGUGCAGGCGGCCGUCCUGUUGCUGGCCGAUGAAAGCAGGGAGGUCCUGCAGACGCUGCUGUGCUUCCUGAGUGACGUGGUCAACUCGGUGGAAGAGAAUCAGAUGACACCCAUGAACCUGGCUGUGUGUCUGGCCCCCUCCCUCUUUCAUCUUAAUUUACUGAAGAAAGAAAGCUCCCCCAGAGUCAUACAGAAGAAAUAUGCCACCGGGAAGCCAGAUCAAAAGGACCUCAGUGAGAACCUGGCCGCGGCUCAGGGGCUUGCCCACAUGAUCACAGAAUGCGACAGACUGUUCGAGGUCCCACAUGAGUUGGUAGCCCAGUCCCAUAACUCAUACGUGGAGGCUGAGAUCCACGCUCCGACUCUAGAAGACCUGGGGUCCCAGCUGGAGGAGAGCGGAGCAACUUUCCAUAUGUACCUGGAACAUCUCGUCCAGGGGCUCCAGAAAGAAGCCAAGGAGAAGUUCAAAGGCUGGGUCACGUGCUCCAGCACAGACAAUACAGAUCUUGCUUUCAAAAAGGUGGGGGACGGGCAUCCGCUGAAGCUAUGGAAGGCCUCUGUGGAGGUUGAAGCGCCCCCCUCGGUGGUUCUGAAUCGUGUGCUGAGAGAGCGUCACCUGUGGGAUGAGGAUUUUGUGCAGUGGAAGGUUGUGGAAACUCUGGACAAGCAAACAGAAAUCUAUCAGUACGUGCUGAACAGCAUGGCCCCCCAUCCUUCCAGGGACUUCGUGGUUCUCAGGACCUGGAAGACGGACCUGCCCAAAGGAACGUGUACCCUGGUGUCCCUCUCUGUGGAGCACGAGGAAGCCCAGCUCAUGGGCGGCGUGCGGGCCGUGGUGAUGGAUUCUCAGUACUUGAUAGAACCUUGUGGCUCCGGCAAAUCGAGACUGACCCACAUCUGCAGGAUAGACCUGAAAGGUCACUCCCCAGAGUGGUACAGUAAAGGCUUUGGACAUCUGUGUGCAGCAGAAGUUGCCAGGAUUAGAAACUCUUUUCAGCCCCUCAUUGCUGAGGGUCCAGAAACUAAAAUCUGAGUUUUCCCCAGUGCGACAUCAAACUCAGGGAAGAGGAAGUGAACGGAAACACUUGUGGGAGAGGCUGCUCGUGAGAAAGCGAGAGAGAGAGAGAGAGAGAGAGAGAGAGAGAGAGAGACGUGGUUAGUGCUUCAAAAUGGAAACACUGAGAAGUCGGAAUGUUGAAGAGGCAAGAAUUGCUGAGAACUUUCCUAGCCUUCCUGGAGACGGCUACAUCCCUACUAAUAUAAUAUUUUUAAAAAUCGGAACAUUUAUCUAUGUUACUUAAAAUUAAAUGGAUUAUUUCUUGUGCAUUGCCUAAUUUGCUAUUUAAAGGCUUCUAAGAAGCAUACUCUUACCUGUAAAUAAAUGUAUGUAUAGCAUAUGUACAUAUGUGUGUAUAUCUCUAUCUUCACUGUAUAUAUGCACAGUAUCAAUUUUAUAUAUAAUUGCGUCUUUUGAAAAGCAAUGCAUCUGACUCAGUGAGUCCCUUCCUCACUCACGUGGUUCUUUCCGAGUUGCUCUGGGCCCAGCCCCCCACUGUCCUGCUGCUAACACCCAGGUAUGAAAAUGUGUAGUCUGUCGGUCGGCCCCGAUGUCUAACCAAAGAUUAGCUAACCAAAGGAAAACAACAUUGAGAGUUGUUAUGUGUUGUCAGUUUGCUUGCGUCCUUCAAAAACUGAGCUUGGAGUGCUGGAGAAUGCUGGGAAAAGAAUACUUACUCCUCUUAAAAGCACAGAAGUGGAGUAGAAGUCAUGACCAAGUAUAAGGCUAGGUUGCCAGUGGCCAGUGGACCCAGCCGGAUGCAGUUUGGUGAAAUGUCAGAUGCCCACGGGCCACUGGAGUCAGGGCAAGUGACUGCAAGAACUUCAUUGCCCUGCUGGUUAGAGCCAAAUAUAAUAGCCUUUGCAUAGUCAAAGCCCAAGGGAGCCUCUGUGUUUUAUCGAGUUUUCAUAGAUACAUUUUAUCAUGUUCCUAAAUGUCAUUCUGUAUGACCAGUGGCCUUUUUGGUCACAGUUAAUCGGCAUUUUCUUACCGAUACAUUGCACUGAAUUUAACUCUGGACACCAGACGGGGGAGGCGAUGGUCAGUUGAGAGUCCUGGCCCGUUACAGCUUCAGGGAAUUCUUAUUUUGCAUGGAGGAUGUUCUUAAGAUAUAAUUCGUUAAACUUUUGCAAUUUAAAAGACAGGGUUUUAAACUAACGAUAAGACCAAAACUGUACUCUGCGAAAAUAGAACUCUUAGAAAAUAUAAACAGGUUUCUUAAUUUCAUAUUUCUUCAUUAGCCAGUCAAGCUACCUACACGUUUGACCCAAACUUAUUUAUUAUUGUAUAGGCUAAGCAGAUUGACUCUCCUUAACCCAUUGCUAAUGGAUUUAAGUUGUGGAGUUUUUUUGUUAAUUGUAAUUCGACAAUGGUAGAGAGAAAGAUAAGUUAUUAUGCUUGGCUUCAGGAAGAGAUUUUCUUUGGUAAUCCAUGAAGAUUGGCAUCAUAACUUAGCAACUGGUAUGGGAGGAAAAAAAACCCUUAAAUGAGUGUUUUCCCGUUCUUUUGUAUUGUUAUGCAUUUAUGUUAUUAUGUAAUGUUUUUCCUAUCAGCAAUGUGCAAUUCUUUUAUUGAGAGAAAUAAAAAUAUUAUAUAUGAGUUCUCUGUGGUGCAAGGAAAAUCAUACUAUUUGAAUUAUGACCUGGGAAUUUUUCAUUUCCUUGCCUACAAAGAAGUGGCCAGCAAACCCAUAAUUUUCAAGUUGGGCAAUGCUCUGUGAGGAAAACAAAUUCAUUUCUGCCAUGCAUCUUAAAUUCAACCAUAUAUGUUGGAUUACCUUAAUAUGCAUAGACAAGAUUAAUGAAGUUUAAUCUAGUUUAACACUGGUCCAGAGAUGGAAUCCUAGGGGUUUGGAAAAUACGCUAGACACACACGGAUGAAUCGUACUGUAUCACCAAGUUUAGCGUGAACACGAAUCACCCGGAGAUCUUGAUCAACUGCAGACUCUAAUUCAGGCAGUCUGGAGUAAGAUUCUACAUUUCAAACAAGUCUCGGGAUACCUAUGCUGCUGGCCCAAAGACCACACUCUGGGAAGCAAGAGGGUACUAAAACCAAUACGGUUGUAUUCAUGACCCCCCUUCUCUUUAAAUUACCUGACUUUCCCAUUUUUGCGCGCGUACUAAUCACGUCACUGCUGCAUAACCUAGUGCGUCUAAAAAAAUAAAACAGGAAAAAUGAGGGAAAAGAUGCAUCGAGCUUCUUUGUCAAAUACCACAGUAUUUUAUUCAUUGUUAUCUUGCCAAUGGAAAUAAAAUAUGAUAUUGCAUUUAAAUAUUA